UUUCUUUCUCUCUCUCUCACCCUCAUAUAAUUGACUCGUCACUCUUCAAUACCCCCUCCAUGCAUAUUCAACUUGUCAUUCACUUCCCGCUCUAUCUAUAUAAGUUCUCUCCUACACAUAUUUCCAUCCACACGCAUCUACAUGGACAGCCAGAGCGAAAACGGGACAACUACGAGAAGUUACAAUGGAGUUUUGGAGAAUCCAAACAACAUUACAAUUAAAGGGAUUCUGAAAUUGUUGAUUGAAAGCAUCGAUUCCUCCGCUAAUGGAAAAAGGGUUAUCUCUCUUGGGAUGGGAGACCCAUCUGCCUACUCAUGCUUUCACACCACCGCCGUCGCUGAAGAAUCGGUUGUCGAUUCUCUUCAAUCUCGCAAGUUCAAUGGCUAUGCUCCUACAGCCGGUCUUCCUGAAACCAGAAAGGCAAUUGCUGAAUAUUUGACACGGAAUCUUCCAUAUAAACUGAACCCAGAUGAUGUUUUCGUCACGUCUGGUUGUACUCAAGCUAUUGAUGUAGCUUUGUCAAUGGUUGCUCGGCCAGGUGCAAAUAUUUUGAUUCCCAGACCUGGAUUUCCUAUAUACAAGCUUUGUGCUUCGUUUAGACAUUUGGAUGUUCGUCAUUUUGAUCUUGUUCCUGAAAAUGGAUGGGAGGUUGAUCUUAGUGCAGUUGAAACCCUUGCUGACCAUGAUACUGUGGCAAUGGUGAUUAUAAAUCCAGGAAACCCAUGUGGAAAUGUGUAUUCAUAUCAGCAUUUGAAGAAGAUUGCUGAAACUGCAAAAAGGCUUAAGAUUCUUGUAAUUGCUGAUGAAGUUUAUGGGCAUCUUGCUUUUGGGAGUCAUCCAUUUGUGCCAAUGGGUGUUUUUGGUUCGAUAACUCCCGUUCUUACUCUUGGUUCUUUAUCAAAGCGAUGGAUUGUGCCCGGUUGGCGGCUUGGCUGGUUUGUUUUGAAUGACCCACAAAACAUCUUCAGAAAUUCUAAGAUUAUUGAACACAUAAAGAAAUAUUUCGAUAUAUUGGGGGGUCCAGCAACUUUUAUACAGGCUGCAGUUCCGCGAAUUCUAAGUCAAACCGACGAGAUAUUCUUCAUGAAAACACUUAAAUUAUUAAAACAGACAUCAGAUAUUUGUUUUGAGAGGGUGAAGGAGAUUGCUUGCAUUUCAUGUCCUCAUAAACCAGAUGGUUCCAUGACUCUAAUGGUGAAGAUCAACUUUUUCUUGCUCAAAGACAUUUAUGAUGAUAUUGAGUUUUGCUUCAAGCUGGCGAAAGAAGAAUCUGUCAUUCUUCUCCCAGGGAUUGCGGUUGGUUUGAAGAAUUGGGUUAGGAUUACUUUUGCGGUUGAUCCAACUUCUCUUGAAGAAGCUUUAGAUAGGCUUAAGGUUUUCUGCGAGAGGCAUUCUCAUCAGUGAAACCGGGGUUUUGAGUUUGGUUCUGAGUUUGUGACGGCGCCAUUACUAGUGGACCGGAACAUUUAAGAUGACAGGCCUCAGAUAGAUUGAUUUUACUUUGGAAUAGUAAGAAAGAAAGAACAAUAAUGUUUGAUGUUUCUACACAUAUAGUAAUGUGGUUUGAUGGUUGGUUUGGUUUGGUUUGGUUUAUGUAAUCAAUGUCUACAUAUGAUGAGUAUCAUUUAUUACUCUCUUCAAUAGACUAAGAAAUAAUUGUAAAGAUUUGAUCAAUUUUUAUUAUUUCAAUGGUUCUAGUACCCGGUUUUUCAUUU